CUUCUUCGUCGAACUUUAUAAUAAGCCUUCAUCUCAAGCACAGCGCGCGUGUCUUAAACCCGAGCACACCGAAUAAAGUUCCUCAUCAUUUAUUUUAUUUUGCAGGAAAAACAAAUCCCAGCAAGAAUGUCUACUGCAACAGAACUAAAACUAGGUCAAAAGCUGAAUGAGGGGAAGACCAAGCAGAUCUUUGAGAUUUUGGAUGAGCCGGGUCAUGUCCUGGUCCAGUCUAAAGAUCAGAUCACCGCGGGCAAUGCGGUUCGGAAGGAUCAGAUGGAGGGCAAAGCUGCUAUUGCCAACAAGACCACCAGCUGUGUGUUUAAACUUUUACAAGAUGCUGGGCUUAAGACCGCAUUUGUCAGGCAGCAUUCUGACACUGCAUUUGUGGCAUCUCGAUGUGAAAUGAUACCCAUUGAAUGGGUCUGCAGACGUAUCGCCACGGGUUCCUUCCUCAAACGCAACCCUGGGGUUAAAGAGGGCUACCGCUUCACUCCUUUAAAAAUGGAGAUGUUUUUUAAGGAUGAUGCCAAUAAUGACCCUCAAUGGUCAGAAGAGCAGCUGUUGGCAGCUGGUUUUGACCUGGCUGGACUGACUAUUGGUCGCUGUGAGGUGGACAUCAUGAGCAAAAGCACUGUGGCCAUUUUUGAAGUCCUGGAGAAGGCUUGGGCCACCCAGGACUGCACGCUGGUGGAUAUGAAAAUAGAAUUUGGAGUAAAUGUGACCACUAAGGAGAUUGUGCUGGCUGAUGUGAUUGACAAUGACUCAUGGAGGCUCUGGCCAGCUGGGGAUCGCAGCCAGCAGAAAGACAAACAGGUGUACCGUGACCUGAAAGAAGUCACUCCCGAGGCCAUGCAGAUGGUAAAGAGGAACUUCGAGUGGGUCGCAGAGCGAGUUAAGCUGCUCCUGGAGUCCCAGGCGAGAGGAAGGGUGGUAGUUAUGAUGGGCUCCACCUCAGAUGUGGCUCACUGUGAGAAGAUCCGUAAAGCUUGUGCUUCAUAUGGCAUUCCCUGCCACCUCAGAGUCAACUCUGCCCAUAAAGGCCCUGAUGAGACACUCCGCAUCAAAGCUGAAUAUGAGGGCGAUGGAGAACCUACUAUCUUUGUUGCAGUGGCAGGCAGAAGUAACGGCUUGGGUCCUGUGAUGUCAGGAAACACUGCUUAUCCAGUCAUUAACUGUCCCCCUGUAACCCCUGACUGGGGAGCUCAGGACAUCUGGUCGUCUCUUCGCAUGCCUAGUGGUCUGGGCUGCUCCACUGUUCUUUCUCCUGAAGCUGCUGCUCAGUUUGCAGCGCAGAUCCUGGGUCUAAACAACCAUUUGAUUUGGGCCAAACUUCGUGCAUCCAUGCUGAACACCUGGGUCUCCCUGAAACAGGCUGAUAAAAAGAUGCAAGACUGCAGCCUUUAAUAAACCAUCCCUUUUUGCAUUUCCAACUGAUAUUUUUGUGCACACAGCAGUCAUUGCCUUUGACAAGCCUGUGUGAAAUGCUGACCUAGAGUUUGUUUGCAAUAACAACAUUUCAAGUGUAAAUCUAUAUCAAUAAAACAUUCCUCAUUGA